UAAACAAACUGCAGUUCAUUCAACCUGCAGAAUACUAUUCAGCAUCAAAAAGAAAUGAGCUACCAACCCAUGAAAAGACAUUGAGGAAAUCUAAAUGGAUAUUACUAAGUGAAAGAAGCCAGUCUGAAAAGACUACAUACUGUAUGAUUUCAACUACAUGGUGCUCUAGGAAAAGCAGCACUGUGGAGAGAGUAAGAAAAUCCAUUUACAUUGGGUUCUAGGGGAGGGAGGGAGGUAUAAAUAAGUGUAGCACAGGGGAUUUUUAGGGCAGUGAAACUACUUUGUAUGACACUAUAAAGGUGAAUACACAUCAUUUUUAAUUUGUCCAAAGCCAUAGAAUAUACAGCACCAAGAGUGAGCCCUAAUGUAAACUAUGGACUCCAGGUUAUAAUGACAUGCCAAUGUAGAUUCAUCAGCUGUAGCAAAUGAACCACUCUGGUGGAGGAUGUUGAUAAUGGGUGAGGCUGUGCUUGUGUGGGGACAGGCGUAUGUAUGAAAUCUCUGUACUUUACUCUCAUUUUUGCUGUGAACCUGAAACCAUUCUAAAAAUUAAAGUCUACUUUUAAAAAACUGGAUAACUUACUUCUUAGAUAACAAAACUCAUGAUAAAGCCAUAAUAAUUAACACAAUGAGUUAUUAUAGGAUAAACAAGAUUGAAUAAAACAUCUUCAGAGCUAUGGUUACCUAAUUUAUAACAAAGAUGACAUUUCAAAAACAAUGGAAAAUGGAUUGUUUUUUAAAUAGAUGGUGCAAAGGUUUAAGGCAUUCAGAUACUUAUAUUUUAAAAUUUUUGACUCCAACCUCAUUCACUUGAAAAGUUAAUUUCAGGUUGAUUAUAGCUCUAAAUGUGAAAAGUGGAGUAAUUAAUCUUUCAAAAUACAUCAUAUAAGAAUAUUUUCAUGACCUUGGAGUAUGUGAACAUUUAAAUAGAACACAAAAAAUGCUAAUCGUAAAUGAAAAUUAUUGACAAAUCUGACUAAAGUGAAGAAAUCGUAUUCAUCAAAGACACAUAAUAGACUUGAAAUAUAAACCAUAGAGUGGGAAAAGAUAUUUGCAAUACAUAUAUCUGAAAAAGGACUUAUACCCAGAAUAUAUGAGAAACUUCUGCAGAUCAAUAAGCAAACAGGCAAAUGCCUCCCCCCAAAAAAGUAAAAAGGUUUGUGUAAGCCCUUUACAGGAUUGUAUCCUAAUGGCCGAUAAACAGGAAAAUGUGCUCAAAUUGUUUAAUCACUGGGGAAAAUGCUAACUAAAAUUACAAUAUGAGAUCACCAAACACUAACUAGAGUGGUUUAAAAUGGAAAAGAUAGCAUCAAAUGUUGACAAGAAUGUGGAGCAACUGGAACUCUCAUACUUUGCUGGUAUUAGUACAACUACUUGAGAAAACUUUCCCAUUAUCUGCUAAAGCAACUUAUAUGUGCACACCUUAAUGCACAGCAAUCCAACUCCUUUGAAAAUAUUCAACAUAAACACAUACAUGUGGUCACCAAAAGACUAGUACAAGGAUGUUUAUACCAGUACUACCCAAAAUAGUUUAAACCUGGAAGAAAAAACAGCGUUCAUAAACUGGAAAAUGAAUAAACAAAUCAUAGUAUAUUCAUACAACAGAAUAAUAAAAAGCAAUGAGAAUAAAACAAAUAAGAACAAGAUGCCACAGAUCAAUUUGACAAACAUAAUAUUGAGGAGAAGAAGCCAGACACAUGAGAGUAACAAUCUAUAACUCCAUUUGUAUAAAGUUAAAAAAAAAAAAAACCUAUGACAACAGAAGUCAGGACAGUCCUUAUCUUUUGGGGAGAGGGCAGUAACCAGACAAUAGCAGGUGGGGACUUGGGUUUGGGUAGUAUUUUUGAUCUAGGUUCUACUUACAGGAGUGCGUUCACUUUGCAAAAUUCAUUGAGUUGUACACCUAUGAUUUGUGCCAUUUUCUGGGUGUUAUUGGUGUUUACUUCAAAGUGAAAGUAAUUUUUCUUAAACUUUAAAUCUCUAUAGCUAUUCAUGAUCACUUAUUUAAUAUAAUCAAAUAAGAAACACGAAAUAAAGUUAUAUUUGUGUACUCAAGGGUACUUUUAUGGAGAUUAAUAUAUAAUUUUAGUUUUUUCUCAAAAGUAUUCUCUCACUGAAAAUUAACUCCACAACGUUUAUUUAGAACUUUCAGUAACUAAGAGCUGGAGAUACCACCGGGAGAGCUUAUGGGACAAAAGGGUAUGGAUACACGUCAGGGUUAGAAUUUAGGAUGAAAUGGCAAAUACUAUAUGCAAUAGUAAAUUAGGACGCCUGGUGGCGCUGCAGGCUAAGAGUGUGGAUAGUGGGCUCUGCGGAUAACUCAGGCGCCAUUAAGCUGAGAAAUCCAAAGCCUGAAUGCUUCCUAAAAGAAGGACGCAUUUUAGGUAAGAUCUAGUGGCUAGAUCUUCAGAAUGGGCGUCGUUCUUGUGGAAAUCAGUUAAGAAAGAUCGGAUUCGCGGUUAUUUAAGCAAAUCAUCUGGGUGGAUUGUAUACAGAGUUAAAGAAACUGCGCCUUCUGGACCGGUUCUGAACAAUGGAGACUGCGCUAGCAAAAACGCCACAGAAAAGUGUACCUCUUGGACUCAUGGAUUAAAUGGCUCAUCAGAGAUAAAUUGCACUGCUGAAGAAUCAAAGGAGAAAGAUUGAAGUGUAGAAUCUGCACUUCAAUCUUUCUCCUUAAUUAGCACCACCAGGAAAUUUGAUUCAAGUUCUAGAGGGGAGUGAACCCAGGAAUUGGCUUAAAAGCAAAAACGUACACACAAAGAAACCAAAGCUCGCAAGCAAUUAUUUAUGCAUGUGGUCCACGCACUCAGUCUGAGAAACACUGACUCGACUUAAAAGUCUUUAUAAUGCUCAGAUUUCGGAAAUGCUAUUGACCUGAAACAUCUCAUGAAGUUAUUAGUUUGAACGCGAGGUGGCGGUACAAGCUAAGAGAGUGAAUGAAAGCUCUGCAGACUCGGUGGACCCUGUUUCACCCAGAAGCCAAGUAAAAAUACAGACCACAUUUACAGCUAAAGCUGAGCUAGAUGUGUCCGGGAAGGCAGUCGUCGCCAGACAAGUUGUAAGAACGAAUUUAAAAAUCUCUGCAAAGACAUCUGAGAGGGUCGACGGUGGAUGUGGUGAUUGGGAGCUGAAAAGGAUUUUUCUUCUGUAAUCAGACAAUAGACACGAUGCAAACUAAAGUACAGAACAAGAAAAGGCAAGUGGCGUUCUUCAUUUUAUUGAUGCUUUGGGGAGAGGUAGGUUCUGAAUCGAUUCAGUAUUCCGUAUUGGAGGAGACAGAAAGUGGCACGUUUGUGGCCAACUUGACAAAGGACCUGGGACUGAGGGUGGGGGAGCUGGCUGCACGGGGAGCUCGGAUUGUUUUCAAAGGGAACAGACAACAUUUGCAGCUUGAUCCACAGACCCAUGAUUUACUGCUAAAUGAAAAACUGGACCGGGAGGAACUGUGUGGCUCCACUGAGCCGUGUGUGCUACCUUUCCAAGUGUUACUGGAAAACCCCUUGCAGUUUUUUCAGGCUUCCUUGCGAGUCAGAGAUAUAAAUGACCACGCCCCGGAAUUCCCUGCCAGAGAAAUGCUCCUGAAAAUAUCAGAAAUUACUAUGCCAGGAAAGAUAUUUCCUUUGAAAAUGGCACACGAUUUAGACACUGGCAGCAACGGCCUUCAGAGCUACACAAUCAGUUCCAACCCUCACUUCCACGUUCUCACCCGCAAUCGCAGCGAAGGCAGGAAGUUCCCGGAGCUGGUGCUGGACAAACCGUUGGACCGCGAGGAGCAGCCCCGACUCACGCUAACGCUCACCGCGCUGGAUGGUGGGUCUCCGCCCCGGUCAGGGACCUCCGAGAUUCACAUCCAGGUUUUGGACAUCAAUGACAACAUCCCCGAGUUUGCUCAGGAGCUCUAUGAGGCGCAAAUCCCUGAGAACAAUCCCCUCGGCUCUCUGGUUAUUACCGUCUCAGCCAGAGAUUUAGAUGCAGGAUCGUUUGGGAAGGUAUCUUACGCCCUGUUUCAAGUCGAUGACAUCAACCAACCGUUCGAAAUAAACUCAAUCACAGGAGAAAUUCGGUUGAGAAAGGCUUUGGAUUUUGAGGAAGUUCAGUCUUAUGACGUGGAUGUUGAGGCUACAGAUGGUGGGGGCCUAUCAGGAAAAUGUUCUUUAGUCGUCAGGGUCCUGGACGUGAAUGACAACGCCCCUGAACUCACCAUGUCGUUCUUCAUCAGCCCCAUCCCAGAAAACUUGCCAGAGAUCAUAGUGGCAGUUUUCAGUGUUUCAGAUGCAGACUCUGGGCAUAACCAACAGGUUAUUUGUUCAAUAGAGAACAAUCUCCCUUUUCUACUAAGACCUUCCGUGGAGAAUUUCUACACCCUGGUAACAGAUGGGGCACUGGACAGAGAGAGCAGAGCCGAGUACAACAUCACCAUCACCGUCACUGAUUUGGGGACACCCAGGCUGAAAACCCAGCAGAGCAUAACCGUGCUGGUCUCCGACGUCAAUGACAACGCCCCCGCCUUCACCCAAACCUCCUACACCCUGUUCGUCCGCGAGAACAACAGCCCCGCCCUGCACAUCGGCAGUGUCAGCGCCACAGACAGAGACUCAGGCACCAACGCCCAGGUCACCUACUCGCUAUUGCCGCCCCAGGACCCGCACCUGCCCCUCGCCUCCCUGGUCUCCAUCAGCGCAGACAACGGCCACCUGUUUGCCCUCAGGUCGCUGGACUACGAGGCCUUGCAGGAGUUCGAGUUCCGCGUGGGCGCCACAGACCGCGGCUCCCCAGUGCUGAGCAGCGAGGCGCUGGUGCGCGUGCUGGUGCUGGACGCCAACGACAACUCGCCCUUCGUGCUGUACCCGCUGCAGAACGGCUCCGCGCCCUGCACUGAGCUGGUGCCCCGGGCGGCCGAGCCAGGCUACCUGGUGACCAAGGUGGUGGCGGUGGACGGCGACUCGGGCCAGAACGCCUGGCUGUCGUACCAGUUGCUCAAGGCCACGGAGCCCGGGCUGUUCGGUGUGUGGGCGCACAAUGGCGAGGUGCGCACCUCCAGGUUGCUGAGUGAGCGCGACGCGGCCAAGCACAGGCUGGUGGUGCUGGUCAAGGACAAUGGCGAGCCUCCACGCUCGGCUACCGCCACGCUACACUUGCUCCUAGUGGACGGCUUCUCCCAGCCCUACCUGCCGCUCCCGGAGGCAGCCGCGGCCCAGGCCCAGGCCGACUCUCUCACCGUCUACCUGGUGGUGGCAUUGGCCUCGGUGUCGUCGCUGUUCCUCUUGUCGGUGCUCCUGUUUGUGGCGGUGCGGCUGUGCAAGAGGAGCAGGGCGGCCUCGGUGGGUCGCUGCUCGGUGCCCGAGGGCCCCUUUCCAGGGCAUCUGGUGGACGUGAGCGGCACCAGGACCCUGUCCCAGAGCUACCAGUACGAGGUGUGUAUGAUGGGAGGCUCAGGAACAAAUGAGUUCAAGUUCCUGAAGCCGAUUAUCCCCAACUUCCCUCCUCAGGGCACUGAGAGAGAAAUGGAAGAAACCCCCGCCCUUCCGAAUAGCUUCCCAUUCAGUUAAGUGUGGGAUUAUUUUACUAAAUCUUACUUAUGUUUGGAGAUCUCUUUUAACUUAAAGUUACAUGUUCUGUUUCUUUUUAAUUUACCUCUAUUCUUUAGGUUGAAAUUUUAUAUAAAGUAAGAUACUGGGUGUCUUAGUAUUUCCUGUUCAUGCUUAGGAGUUUAUUACUUCACUUGAGGGUACUUGACAAUAUGAACACAAAGUAAAUUUUUAUUUGCAUAAUUUUAAACUUUUGAAAUUAAAUUAUCUAUUCUUCCCCCACCCAAAAAAAAAGUAUUGUAAAUCCUUAAGUAAGAUUGUAUUUCUAGCUAUUGGUAAGAGUUGUUUCACUAUUGCUAUGUAGGACUGUUUUUAAAAUGUGAGUAUUUCAUAUUAUUUAAUCCUCCAGUGUCUCAUUUUGCAGUAACUCCUACAGUGUGUAACACUAAAAAUAAGAACUAAUGAUGGCUAAACACUAAAGUAGCCAUUCAUACUUAUGCAUAUUUUAGUAUCCCAUAAUAGUCAAUCCAAAAUUUUUGUGACUAUAGACUUUACUGAAGUGUCAUCACAUUAGUUUGUGAGCCUCAUGUAAGAACAUGAUGGUCUUUAAAAAAAAAAAAAGUCGUACCAAUUAUAAAUGCUUAAUAAAUAUUUGCUGAACAUUACUAACAUUCUAGUACUGAUUUUUAAAAACACUAUUGUAUCUACAGCAAAAUGCUAAUAUCCUCUGUACAACAAAAUAUCCUUGCCAAUGAGUGAAAGUAUGAAAUAUCACUUCUUAGUCAAAUCACUAUUGCUUUCCUUCAAAACAGAAAACACUCUUGACUCUUCUACUCACCCUACAUACCACUACAGAAAAUAAAAUUCUUAACCGCACGGUUUACCUUUUUGUCUUUGUUUAACAAUUUGAAAGUUGAAGGGCUUUCAAAUUAUAUUUGCCAAACUCCUCCUCUCACUUUCUCAAGAUAUUUGGUAUCUACCAAAAUCUAAAUAAGGUAUUAGUGGCAGGUUAUUUGGUAACAUCAGAUUUUCCCUACUAGUGUUGUGUAAGCAUCAUUUGCCUGUAUUAACCAUAAAACCAUUUACCUUCACAGUUUAUCCCAUAUUUAGUCUUAUUUGUGUCAGUUGUAUUUGUGAUAUUUCAUUUAAAAAUCCCUCUUUCAACUUUCUAUCAAAGGUAAGCAAUGUAUAUUAAAAUGACCAUUCAGUGACUAUUUUAUUUUAUUUUGAGACGGAGUUUUGCUCUUGUUGCCCAGGUUGGAACA